AUGGCUCUCGAAGAUUUUGAGCGCGAGCUCGCUGAGCAAAAGGAAACAGAAAGGCGACGAGAGCGACAGAAAGACUCUGAUCGGUCAGGCCACAAACACCACCGACAUCACCAUCGAAGUUCUCGACACAGCUACACGCGCGACGAUGAAGACAGCCAUCGCUCCAAGCGACAGAGGUAUUCAAAAGAUGAUGAUGCGUCGGAAAGCAGACAUAGUCAUAGGCAUAGACACCACCGCCGGAGCAGAGGGGAAGAAAACGGCGCUGACAAUGACAACGACAAGGACAAUACCACAGACAAACAGCCAGUGUCGAAACCAGAUACCACAGAGUUAAAGCGCGAUUCCUGGAUGGAGGCCCCAUCAGCGCUCGAUGUCGACUAUGUCCAGAGAAAGAAGCCAGAGCCCUCACCCCCGAAAACCUCUUCUUUAGGCGCAGACUUUGAACUGAAGAUUCACGAGAAGGAACUAAACCAUCAUCUGCGAGAUCUGCAGGCAGGCAGAAAUAUGGAUGAUCUCGAAGAUGAGACGCCAGUUGACCAAGUGGACUACACGUUUGGCGAUGCAGGAUCACAGUGGCGCAUGACAAAACUCAAGGCUGUCUAUAGACAGGCUAACGAGUCCGGUCGGAAAAUCGAUCAUGUCGCACUUGAACGCUAUGAUACUCUUCGCCAAUUCGACGAGGCUCGAGAGGAGGAGAUUGAACUUGACAGGCGUAAGUCCUAUGGAAAAGAUUAUGUCGGCAAAGACAAACCCAGUGGAGAGCUCUACCAAGAGCGAAAGCUCGAUGCUGGACGGCACGAACUCCACGCCCGAGACGCAUAUGUAAGCCCAGACAAUCUGGCCGAGCAGAUCCCGGUUGCAUCAGCACCUUCAGGACCCAAGAUUGACCAAACAGCUCUCAACAAAAUGAAAGCUCAACUUAUGAAAGCACAUUUGAGGAAGGACCCCAAGACCUCCCAACUGGAAAGAGAAUACAACGACGCAUUGAACAGCUACUCUCAACAAGACCCUACCAUCAUAAACCUCUCGGCAAUGGACAACCGCAUGCUAUCAUCGGCACCGCGCAACGAAGUCAAAGCCGUCCAAACCCGACGCGGAGAGGAACGCGGCCAGGUCGAAGAGAACGAAGACAUGACCAUUGAAGACAUGGUCCGCGAAGAGCGGCGCACACGAGGACAAGCCGGUGGUGACGGCGCACGUCUGGCGGAACGGAUCGCCAAGGACGGCAAGUUCGACAACGACCUAGAAUACCUAGAUGAGAACGCGGCGAAGCUAGCGAAACGCGUCCACAAAUCCGAUGCCAACCUGCGCAACGUCGCCAUCGCCGAGUAUCAAAAACUCAACCGGAUCCUUGAGAACUGCCCGCUCUGCCACCACGAAGACACAGACAAUCCACCCAUCGCGCCCGUCGUGUCUCUGGGAACUCGCACCUAUCUCACCUUACCCACCGAACCGGAGCUUGCUCCAUUGAGCACGAUGAUCAUCCCAACACAGCACCACACGAACCUCCUAGAAUGCGACGACGAUGAGUGGGAGGAGAUCCGGAACUUCAUGAAAUCACUCACGCGCUUCUACCACGCGAGCGGGCGCGACGUAAUUUUCUACGAGAAUGCCGCGUUCCCUCACCGCAAACCGCACGCGGCGAUGGCGGCCGUGCCACUGCCAUAUAGUCUGGGGGAGACGGCGCCGGCGUUCUUCCGCGAGGCAUUCCUCAACGCCGAGAGCGAGUGGAGCCAGCAUAAGAAGAUUGUUGACACGCUGGCCAAGGCGAAGAAAGAAGGGCUGGGCAAGGCCGCGUUCCGCCGGAGCCUGGUCAAGGAGAUGCCAUAUUUCCACGUUUGGUUUGAGUUGGAUGGCGGGGCGGGACAUAUCGUGGAGGAGAGUGAUCGGUGGCCUAGAGGGGACCUCUUCGCACGUGAGAUCAUCGGUGGCAUGUUAGGGUCGGAGCCCGAUGUAAUCAAAAGGCAGGGACGGUGGCAUCGAGGCUUGGAUAACAGGGUCGAUGGGUUUAGGAAGCAGUGGCACAAGUUCGAUUGGACGCGGGUCCUGACUGAGGGAGGUGCUGCCUAA